UUCCAUGACCCAUGAUUUGGUGGCGUGAACUUCCGGGUUUGUUGCAAAGUUGGACUGGAACCAGAGAGACUUGCAGGUCGAAUCGCGCGGUGAGAAUCUACAAGAUGUCCGACCCUAUAUCUGUUCUAAGUACCAUCUUUAACAUUUACAAGUCCAUAGCGCAGAUCGUAGACGAGGUAAAAUGUAACAGGAAACGCUGUAAGCGCCUUCAGGCGCGGCUGGACAGUAUCGUGCCUGUUGUCAGUGACGUGUACACGCAGAUCGCAGACGAGAAGGCGAAAAAAUCGUACGCGAAUGCGCUGGGACAGCUCCUGAGCUGUCUAAAGUCUGCCGAGUCCUACAUCCAGACCUUUCGGGAGAAGAUGGGGAUCGUCAAGAAGGUGUGGACACGGGACCAGGUGAAGGAAGACUUCGACGCCUUGAACCAGAGACUGAGCGACCUCGUACCUGUCCUGACUAUGGGUAUGCAGGCUGAAACCAGGGGGACAGUUGACGCCAUGUUUAAGGAAGAGAUGAGAGAGAAAGAAGAUAAGGAAGAUGAAAGCGAGGACUGGCGUGAGAUGGUGGUUCUCCUGAAGAAGAUGCAGACAGAUUCUGAAGCCAUGAAGGAAGAAAUGGAGACCAGCUUUGAUGAGGUACGUGAAAAAUUGGACGAACUGGACACCAAAAUGGAGGAGAAAUCUGAAAAGGCUGACGUGGUGAAAGAGAAGUUGGAAAGCGUUGACGAUAAGCUGGAAGAACUCCGCAAAGGCGUCCAAACACUUCUCGUAACAGACUCAGGUAAACCUCACAGCCACCCUGUGGACGAUCUGAAACUCAUCACUAAGGACGAGCUGAAGUUUAUCAAAAUCAUCGAGAAGGGGAGUAUAGACACCGUGUACAAGGGGCAUUACCAGAAGUGUGAAGUGGCUAUCAAGAAACUGGACGUUCCGGACAACAGCGCCGAUUCCGAGAGGAACGUCAGCCUUGUUGUCGCACGGGAGCUCCGUAAGGAGGCGGAGAUCAUGAAGAAGGUAGAAACGGAGAAUGUCGUCAGAUUGUACGGGAUCUGUACGGACCCAGGUAACUACCUCAUUAUCAUGGAGUACAUGAUGAUGGGUUCCCUGAAGACGGUGCUGAAGAACCCGGGCAUCCCGCUGUCCUGGAAGCGGCGGACCCGCAUGGCACUAGAGGCGGCCCGUGGUCUGUACGCCAUCCACAACGCCAAGCCUCCCAUGCUGCACAUGAACAUCUGCUCACAGACCUUCCUCGUAGACGAAGACCUCCAUGUCAAGGUGUCUGACUUCGGUUUCACCAAAACCCUGUCCUCGGCUGGGAGAUCGGGUCGGCGGAGGAGCUCACUUCAGUACGUCGCACCCGAGCAGCUGGCCAACAUCAACCACCCCACGGACUACAGAUGCGAGAUCUUCGCGUUAGGGAUCGUCAUGUGGGAAAUAGCCACGCGGGUGGAGCCUUAUGCAGGUAUGGAUGACAGAACUAUCAUGAAGUACGUCAUGAGAGGCGGAACGGAGCCAAUCCCAGACGGAGCCGAAUGUCCGAGUCAGUACGGAGACAUUAUCAGCGACUGUAAGCAACACGACCCUCUUCUCAGGCCCCUCACAGGCGAUAUCAUCGACAGGCUUCAGAUGCUGUACAGCUUCAUGUGAUGUCAAAUACGUGCCAGCCUGCCUGUCGGAAGCAUUCUUUACAGUUUCCGUGAAUUGAUUGGUAUCAAAGGAACAAAAUAGGUGCCUUGCGAACACUGCCAAUAUUGAAACAAAUGGACCGAAGUUUAAUGACGUUUUACCCCAUGUAUUCCGUGGGGGAAAGUCAUGAUGUGUCAACAGCAAAUGACGAAAGUAAUGAACAGUACAAUGAAAAGAUAAGGUUUUACCCUUCUAGCUAGCAUGAUGAAAACGGCGGAAAGAUGUCGCGACAGGACAGAACAAUGCAUAGCGUUAAUAGAACCACUCGCCUGGCAGUGUCCCGUAAAGAUCCGGUUCAUCGUCGUUUUAGGCAACUUACAUGCAUAUGCGUCAUGCGUCGACUAAGACUAACAUUUUGUGACGGACAUUGAACGCCUGUAAUAUUUAAGUAGACGAUAUCAUCUAUAUAAGGCCACAUGUUCAAAAAUCAUGGAAUGUAGACGGCACGCAGCUGAUGGUAUAUAUAUGUAUCUUAGACAUAUAUGAAUCUCUCCACUACAGCAUAUUUGAUUUCGUUUCCUUUGAUGUUAUGUUAGAACUGUUGAAACAAUCGUCUUGUGUAAAUUUAGAUCUAUUGCGGGAAUGUUACAUUUGAAGGAUCAAGUAGUCAUGAACAAAUGAUGAGAUUUGGAAGGCCAAGGUACUAUCAUGAUUCAAGAAUGAAAAAUGGUUUCCGAUUUAAAGCGCCAUAAAGUAAGAUAAAAAAGUUGUAUAUCAAUAACAUCAAAUUGAUUCCUGGUGUCAUGAAUGUUACAACGAGUUCGAGAUUUUAACUGCAGCCUGUGCAUCACUGAGUAGACCAAGCUAAGGACGCACAAGUCUUUCUGUCUAUCAUAUUUCCCAAUUCCCUUUAUUGAAGGGAAACACUAACAAAUGUACACGUAUACUCACA